AUGCUAUCGAGGACAGUAACUAGCCUGUUCGGCUUGGGAAAGGCUUCCGGUGUAAGAAGUUUUCAAGCUUCAGCAUUGCAGCUACAAAAAUCUGCACAAGGUUCGCUAUUCGGUGAAGUCACCGAUGGAGUGAAUCCGUUGAAGGAUGACGAUCCAAAUAAACUAUCUAAUAAGUUGACUACUGCUACCGAACUGUCAGAUGAUUUGGAUGCUGCUACCCAGCUGGCAGAGGCUAAAAAGAAAGUUACAGCAGCCAAUGAUACACAAUUACAGAAAUAUAUCGAAGAACAAGACCCCAUGAUCAAAAGUUUACCAGAAUUUUUGUUACCAAGAGUUAAGAAGGAAUUCUAUGAACAACAGGUUAGGUUGAACGGUGGGUUUUACGACAAAAGCGUGCGCCCUAAAGAUCGUUCUUUGAGAUUAACGAAUGAAGAAUUAGAAGUGCUUGAACCUAGUGUCUAUGUUAAAUCUUACAGAGUAAAAUCAUCUAUGAAGAAGGCCACACAGCUGCUUAGACUUUUGAACGGAUUGGACGCUAAGAAAGCUUUGACUCAAUGUCAUUUCUCCGAUAAAAAGGUUGCCCGUGAUGUUGCCGAAUUAUUGGAGCGCGGUAUUAAUGAUGGUGUGAAGCUUGGCUUGGAUGCCAAUGACCUAUACAUCUCCCAGAUAUGGACCGGCAGUGAUGGAUUUUGGCAAAAACGUGUCGAAUGGAAGGGUAGAGGUAGACGUGGUCUCAUUGAACACCCAUAUGUGCAUAUCAAAUGCAUAUUGAAGACCAAGAGUGUAACGAAGAGAAGACUAGAGCACGAAGCCAAACUAAAAGAACAAAGGAAGAAACCGUGGGUUCAAUUAGCAGAUAAACCCAUCAGAGGUUCUAUGGGUGGUGUUUACAAAUGGUAA